AUGGCCCUGGAAGUGUUCAGGUUUUCGUCCUCCAGGACAAUAACGACAGAGCUAGGGGCCAGCAGGUCAUCAAGACCUAACCAGGAGGCCGAAGCUGCCGCCUCCAGCCCCCAUGUCCUCAAGGUGCAUUACAAAUACACGGUCGCCCUGCAAGUCGAGCCAGGUCUCUCCUACACGGAGCUCCUGGACCUGGUCUGCAAGAAACUGGAGCUGCAGCCCGAGCACACAAAGCUGAGGUACAAGCCCGCGGAGAGCCAAGCGCUGGUGCCUCUGCGCACGGAGAACCUGGAGGCGGCUUGGAGCCAGAGCAAGGACAACUGUCUGACGGUCUGGUGUGACGUCACGGAGGGAGAGGGGUUUUCACCCGACAGCAAACUAGAGGAGUCACCACAGGAGGCAACGCUGGAGGAGACAGGACCAACCCAAGUUGUAGCGCAGUACAAUUACGAAGCCACCCAGCCUGAAGACCUGGAGUUUCAGGCAGGAGACGUGAUACUUGUUUUAUCCAAAGUGAAUGAAGACUGGUUAGAAGGCCAGUGCAACGGCAAGAUUGGCAUCUUCCCAUCCGCUUUCGUUCAGAACUGCAGUUCUUGCACAGACAGACAAAAAACACAAAAAAGCUUACGACACAAACCAGUUUCUGUUGGGGGCCCCUUCCCUCGCUCCCCCGGGCGUCGGAGGGCAGGAGGGGAGUCCCAGCUGAGAGCCAGACGCAAUCCCGAGGCCGGACGCUCAUGCACAAGUGGAACGGUGCGGCUGGGACCCCGGCGCUGCCGGGAACGAGAUGGCGAACCUGGUUAG